UGUGUGUUUCCAGAGAACUUUAACCUUGCUGGGAAUGGGAGUGUCCCUUUGCGGUCAAUGGGAAUUCAGUCCCAGUCAUUGUGCAGAGGGCCACUGCACUGCAUUAGUACCGUCCUGCAGAACGAGGGCAUUCAAGGGCUCUACAGAGGCGCGGGAGCCAUGAUAUUACGGGAUGUACCUGGAUACACCCUGUACUUCGUACCAUACACAUUAUUCUGUAACUGGCUGAAUCCUGAUGGCAAUGCCUCACCCCAUCCCUGCUGCAUAUGGCUAGCAGGAGGUUUAGCAGGAUCCAUCUCGUGGGUUACCGCCACACCAGCAGACGUGGUGAAAAGCCGGUUGCAGGCAGAUGCUAUGCAGCACAGGAAAUACAAGGGCAUUCUGCACUGCAUCAUGCAAAGUUACAAGACAGAGGGAAUACAUGUUUUCUUUCGUGGAGCGACUGUCAAUGCUAUCAGAGGAUUUCCAAUGUGUGCAACUAUGUUUCUUGGUUACGAGCUUUCCCUCAAGUUUAUCCGCAGUUUCUAAAACAGACUCAUUCUGCUCCCGAGGAGGGUUUUAG